AUGUAUCUCCUUUGCGCAACAGCCAUCGCGGCUCUUGCGACCUCGUGUGUCGCCUCAACAGGAUAUCUUAGGCUAGACCUACAGAGAAGGACUGCCUCUGAAGGCAGAUUAGUCCGCAGACAAAAUUCAGAUGGGAGCUUGGACACAGUCUUGACACAAAACCCCGACAAACUCGAAUACUUGGUGAAUGUCACCGUGGGCACACCUCCCCAGCAUCUCGGCGUUACCUUGGACACUGGCUCCUCUGACCUUUGGGUCCCCGCAUCCUCGGCCAAACUCUGCCAGAAGGGCCAAUGCGAUUUGGGCGACUUUAAUCCGAGCUCAUCAAGCACUUACAAAAUCAUCGAGCAAGGUGGAUUCAACAUUACCUACGCGCAACAGGGAGACAGCGACGCUGGCGAUUGGAGUUCCGACACCAUCACAGUUGGUGGAUCUCCUUCCAUUAAAAAUCAACAGCUCGGAGUAGCAACUGAGCUGUUCGACCAGCAUGGUGUGAUGGGAAUUGGAUUUGACACCAAUGAAGCCAACAACGACAGCCCGAAUGGCGUCUAUCCCUCCGUCAUGGACAAUCUCAAGUCGUCCGGGAUCAUCAACCGCAAAGCCUUCAGCUUGUACUUGAAUGACCUGGAAGCCAAUACUGGCGCAGUUAUCUUUGGUGGGAUCGACACAACGAAAUAUUCGGGAGAUCUUGUUGCGCUACCCCUACAGCCCGGCCCGGAGGGAAUCGUCUCAGAAUACUAUGUCGCCCUGACCAGUGUCUCUUUCACUGAUUCGACGGGUCAAACCACGCAAUUGUCGCCCCAAGGAUAUGCGCAGGCUACGUUGCUUGAUUCGGGCACUACCAACACCCUUCUGACCAACGACGUCUUUACUGGCUUGGCCCUCGGAUUCGGAGCAGUCUUCGAUCCUUCUCAAGACGCCUAUCUAGUCCCAUGUAGUCUUGCCUCAGCCAACGGCACCAUCAACUAUUCGUUUGGCGGCGACGAUGGCGUGACGGUACAAGUUCCCGUCUCGGAGGUGGUCGGGGGUCUGGCGUACCCAUCAUCGCUCUUUGAUGAUCCAUCAGGAGGCUGUGUUCUGGCUUUCGGUACUCCAUCCGAUAGUGGCGGAUUCAGUAUCAUGGGAGACAGUUUCUUGAGAAGUGCUUAUGCAGUCUUUGAUAUCGACAACAAAGUUGCAGCGCUUGCUCAAGCCGUUGAAAACGAAGCAAGCACGAGUAGCAUCGUUGUUAUCCCGACAGGAACAACCAUACCGAGUGCGACAGCGACUGCCACUGCAACAGGCACUCAACUCAGUCAAGUCGCCGAUGAAACAGGUGUCCCGACAGCCAGUGUCCAAGGCACCACUCUUCUUCCAGGGACGCCAACAUUCAGCUUGGUUACGUCCUCCUCAGCAGCAACAUCAACAGCGGCAGGAGCAGGAGCCUCGUCUUCGUCAGGAGCAGCAAACAAUGCGGCUGUGCCGACCGCGGCUCUGUUGGGGCUGGGACUUGCAGCAGGUGUGAUGGGACUGUGA